AUGACUAACCUCGAUAUACCGCGCCGUGCGGGGUGGUAUUCACGGCUCAUCGUGCUACACUAUGUCUCCUCGCUCUGUGUGUGGGUCAGCGUGGAGCUGCUGCUGCUGACGUUCCUGCUUCGCCAUGAGGAAGGUCACUGGCCCACGUGGGAGAGCCUGUCCAGGCUGAGCCCCGUUGCCUUCUGGACGUACAUCCGCCCGCUGUUCCAGUGCGGACUCGUGGCGCAGUGUCUGAUGCAUGUCUACACAUUCCUAGACGGCGCGUGCUGCGGCGCAUCGCUGUACCUGAACCUCGAGCAAUGCGUGCGCACGUUCGCGGUGUACUUCGUCGCCAUCCCGCUGCUGAAGGAGGUUGUGCCGAUGCGGUCGGUGCUGCUGCCCGUGAGCGCGCUGACGCUCAUGAACAUCCUGAGCUGCCUGGACGCGUUGUACACGGUGCGCGGGACCUGCCACACGGUGUUGGAGUGGCUAUCGCAUAAGGUGGUAUUGGUGCUUUACCCGCUGCUGGCGUUCGAGGAGAUCUGGCUGGUUCGGCAGGCGGCCCGCGUGGUGCGCAACGUACCGAUCGCCCGCGACUUCCCGAGCCCUAUGCCCAACGCGUACAACUUCGCCAUCGACACCUACUACAUGUACAGCGCGCUGCCCCUCGUGAUGCUGCCGUGCUCCGUGCUCUACUACUGCUACCAGGUGCGAUACCGAAGGCUAGCGCGGCGCGCCAACUCGGUCUAA